CCGGGCUGUUUUAACCCUCGCGCCGUCCUUGACAGACAGAAGCUAAGAUGGCGGCCUCAGCGGUGAGAGCUCUCAGCUCGGGUUUAAAGAACAUCAGAGAGAUCAGAGUCCUCCUCUGUCAGAGCUCUGCGGCCAGCAAAGGGGCCAGAGACUUUGUGGAGCAGCAUUACGUGACUCUGAAGACCUCCAACCCAGACUUCCCGAUCCGGAUCAGAGAGUGUUCUGGAGUCCAGGCCCAGGUCUGGGCCCGAUACGAUUUUGGGAGAGAGAGCAGCGUCUCAGUGGACAACAUGUCAGCUGAUCAGGUGGCUGGAGCUCUGCAGACUCUGGUUCAGUCCAAACCCUGAAGUGGUUUCGUCCAAACAUUUUUUCAGUUUGUAUGUAAAUGUGUUGAUAUGAAUAAACCUUAUUAUUAAUGUUA